GUAUAGCUAUAUAAAGAGGGGGGAAUUCACAAACUCUCAUUAUUCGCUGAAUGGACCAGUUCCACACUGAGGACGGUCUACAAUACUGACAGCACGCCUGUUUGUCUCAAGAUGCACAUUUCAGUGCUUUUCAAGGUCGUACUGUUGUUGGCGUUGGGUGUCCUGUUGCUCGGAGCAGAUCGUUCUCCUGCAGGACGCAGAGGAAAGAAGGACUGGAAAAAUGGUCCAGCUAAAAGGGGCUCCAAAGGAAAGGCCCCAGAACUGCGGAUAAGUUUUGAUUCUGCAGUAGAAAACCAACCACAUACCUACCAAAUCUCUCCAAACCAGUCAAUAUCACCAUGGACUUAUGAGGUCUCUUACGACGAAUCCCGCAUCCCGAGCCAUAUCUUUGAGGCGAAGUGUGAAAGGACUGGCUGCAUGAAUAAAGAUGGACAUGAAGACGCUGGUCUGGAAUCGAAACCCAUCUUCUACCAAAUCCUGGUGCUCAGAAGAGUAAAGGGCAAAAAGAAGAAAUAUUCCUUCCGUCUGGAGAAAUAUACCACCAGAGUGGGCUGCACAUGUGUUUUACCUUACAUCAUCUCUCACAUGUAGUGCUGCAGUGCCAUAUUUGACUGAAAAAAAAAAAAGUGCCUACACCUUCAAGACCCCCUGUAUAGGCUAUACAAGGUCAUAUGUUGCUCUAUUAUUGCUUGCUUUUCAACU